GGCUUCAACUCUGAUUGGUCCUCGUUUGGAGAAGCUCAUGGGUUCAUUCCGUUGUUAAGCGCCUCCCCAUUUCGCUAAACUACAUUAUAAUGCAACGAACCUCCCUUUUAACCACAAACCGAAUUUGCUUUCAUUUAGGCUAUAUAUUUUUCUUAAAUAGGUUAAAGUCAUAGAGAUUUUUUUCUUUUUUUCGUUUCCUUUUUUUUUUUUUUGGGAAUAGCAUUUCGCCCUGGAGCGGUGCGCAAUGCUAUCUCAUGCCGACCUCCUGGAUGCUCGCCUCGGUGAGUUAACAUCACCAAACUCCGGUCUUCAACUCUACUACCAAGUGUUUAAUGUGCAGCUCUCACCUGCUGCGGUUGUCUGUGCAGGGAUGAAGGAUGCCGCGGCGGAGCUCCUGGGCCACAGGGAGGCUUUGAAAUGCAGGCUCGGCGGUGGGGGACCUGACCCGGGACACUCCGGGGAGCUCGGCCCGGGCCCGGACGGCGUGGAAGGGACUACGAUGCUCCCGGGUGACGAUAUCACCAGCGGCGGGGGAUCCAACCCGGUGCAGGUGAACAGCAAAGAGCAGGACAAACAACAGCAGCAACAGCAGCAGAACAACAACAGCAACAACAACCCCAACCAGUCUGGAGGGCAGCAGCCCCAGAAACAGAAGCGACACCGGACCCGCUUCACGCCGGCGCAGCUCAACGAGCUGGAGAGGAGCUUCGCCAAAACACACUACCCUGACAUCUUCAUGCGGGAGGAACUGGCUCUGAGGAUCGGCCUGACGGAGUCCAGAGUGCAGGUCUGGUUCCAGAACCGACGCGCUAAGUGGAAGAAGCGCAAGAAGACCACCAACGUGUUCCGGGCUCCGGGGACUCUGCUGCCGACGCACCAUGGUUUGCCUCAGUUCCCAUCCGCAGCUGCGGCAGCCGCGGCUAUGGGCGACAGCCUCUGCUCCUUCCACGCCAACGACACCCGCUGGGCCACGGCAGGGAUGCCUGGCGUGUCUCAGCUGCAGCUCCCGCCCGCUCUGGGCCGCCAGCAGGCCAUGGCGCAGUCCCUGUCUCAGUGCAGCCUUGGAGCCGGACCACCGCCCAACUCCAUGGGUCUAUCCAACAUGUCGUCGAACGGCUCUGGGCUGCAGUCGCACCUCUACCAGCCCACUUUCCCCGGAAUGGUCCCCGCGUCUCUAUCCGGCCCGACGAACGUGACCGGGUCGCCUCAGCUGUGUAGCUCCCCGGACAGUGACGUCUGGAGAGGGACAAGCAUCGCCUCUCUGCGCCGCAAAGCGCUGGAGCACACAGUAUCUAUGAGCUUCACCUAGUGACGACGGUCAGCGCUACGAGCUUUUCUUUCACCAACUACAGAGAUCUUGUGCAUUUUGUUCUUAGCCACCCAGUCCACCCAAAGAGGCACAGUGGGACAAAUACAUCCGGGAUAUUUGUUCAGAUAACAUUUUUUCUUCUUCUUCUACCCAGUUCACGAGAAAGAGGGGGAGAACUGACAUUAUUCAUUGGGCCUUUUGGCCUUUAUUAACCAUAGGACUGGUUCUGUUUUAGGCUAUAAUUUAUUAUUUCGCAUGUAGCCUCGAUCAGCUAUUUAUUUCUCUAUUUAAACGAACCGAUGCGUGAGUUCGGUAUUUAUUCACUUAUUUAUUUAUUUAUUGGGCACAUCCAGCCCUCGCCAUGAUUGCCGCGGGGCUCUCGGUGAUAUUUGCUCGGUGACUGAAGGUUUUUGAAGACAAAUUCUGUGGAUACUUUUAACCACAAAAACUAGAUCACAGAUUCAAUCUCCCCCCUUUCCCCCCUCCUGCUGCACAGCAUGCAACUCUAUAAGACCAAAGGGAUGCAUACUGGCCACGCAAAAGCCACACACCUGGAGAUUUAAAAGAAGGAAAACAUGGACGAUUCACCAGGAGGGAGACUGAUUUGACAGGAACGGGGGUAAAAAAAAAGUAAAUAAAUAAAAGACUUGACUGCAUGUGCUGUCCAAAGCAAAAAUAAAAAGGGGGGAAAUACUCUGAAUUAAGACAUUGAAAGUGACUUAACUAUAAUCUGUUAUAUAGGAUGUUUUGUGUAGCGGAAGCACUCUUGUUCCCAUUUGGUCAGUUUGUGAUAACUUAUGUUUCCAAAAUUAUGUCUGUGCUUAUUCUCAGCUAUGACUUUCUUAAAUGUUUGAACCGUUUUGUUUCAUGGACAUGUUUAUAUCAAUUCAGUGUAAAUGAUCAAAUAAAAACCAUUUUCAAUUAUG